CUUUUGUAAUCGGCCGUUGUAUCAUUUGCCCUUGCGUAUGCAUGGAUUAUGAUUUGACAGCUGUCAGAAGCAGCUGCACUCUAGGGCACUGCCAGAAGACUUGUCCAUCAGUUCGCAAUUUGUGAUCGAGCCGUUGUCCCCCGGUUCUCGACAUGCUCACGAUCAUAAGGCUGGAGCUAGCGCAUAUCGCCAGGAGCAAAAACAGACCAGAUGGAUGAAAACUCUACCAGUGCUCUGCAAUAUGGGCAUUUGGGAAGGCCAGUUUACAAUUCACAGACACAGACUUGGGCCUUUUCGCGAACAUUAGCCCCAUCGUCUUAUAUCUCCUACGCCGGUGUGACCAAGACCACGAUACCAUCGCCACUCACUGCGCUGCGGACGUCGUCGAUUGAGAACAAAGGGUUUCUGCCCAGAGUCUACCCCGAGCUUGCAGCUUGUUGGCCUCUUUCCAGCACCGAAAUACUCUCCCAUGCCGUCACAUCUUGCGAAUCAUGCGAUCCUUUAGUUUCUUCGCUAUUUGAUAUCGGUUAUGCUGUCGAUCUGGAAAAUAACGACUCGGGGAGCCGGGUAAUACCGAUUGCCGUGGUGGCAUCUGGAGAGUGUGGCAACACCAUCUCCUUUCGGAAGAUUGAAGACGAUGUUGUGGAACUACGAGGAAAGACAGUUACCUCGAUUCGCGUUCCCGCAAUUGGACAAACGGAGAGCAAUGAGUGGUCUGCAGGAGGAGCUCCUGUCCGUCAAAUCUGCUUUGCGCGAACGGUGGAGGAAAAGGCAACGUGGAUGGCAGCUCGUAUGCCCCAUUCAACUACCAUUUUCCGGCCACAGUAUCAUCGAAACCCCGAGCCCGAGCUUGGAAACCGUGACGGUGAUUAUAUAUUGCUUAAUCGGUCCCGUAAGUCUCGCCUAGAUGCAAACCCGUUAGUGGAGAUAUCGAACACGCAGACUGGUGGCUUUGCGCAUGCGGAUGUCACUUUCAACCCUUGGUAUCAGAAGCAAGUUGCUGUUGUCGACGAACGAGGCAAUUGGAGUGUUUGGGAGUUAUCUGGACGACACAGGCGCACCAAGGCUAAUUGGACAGCCGUGUCUGUCAAAUCUGGCACACUUCCCUGGCUAGACUUGGGGGACGGUUACGACAGUAAUGACCCUCGUCGGCAUGAUGGAUGGGCUGCUAUUGAAUGGGCCGGAGAUGUCAAUAGCUUUGUCGUUUCCGAUCGGCGCUGCCCGAUGCUUUAUCGCAUGGACAGUGGCCAGGUUUAUCCAUAUACGAUCGAGCUUGGCUUGAAGCGAAGGUCAGAAUGGAUACUUGACAUCAAGAGAAGUGCCUCAAAUGUGUCGCAUGUUUUCAUCCUGACAACCACUCGGAUCUUCUGGUUGGAUAUUACUUCAUGCCCUGAUCCGACCCUUGCGACUAAAAGCGAUUCGCGGCCUCCUUUGUACCCCCGUCUGUCAUGGCGUCAUUUUCGGGAUCCUGAGGACACCACGUUGCGGCUGGCUUGUCUACUUGUGCAUGAUGACUUCUACCUUAUCUUAUACUCACGCCUCAAUCAUCUUGCGCUAGCGUUUCAGUGUCCAUCCUCAACUCUAGAAGAAACGGAGGCAAUAUCAAUACCCGAUCCCUUUGUAAUGGAGAUCCCAUCGUUGUCCCGAGAUGCCGUGGAACCCCAACUCUCCAAUAACGUGCAGCUUUCAACGCUUGUUUUCAGGGAGAUUACGCACCUGCCGUCGUCCGUCGGUAAACAACAUUAUGAUCCCCAUGCUAAACUCAUCAAGCUUUUUGUGGUAGAUUCGGGCCUCACUGUUCGCGAAGCCAUUUACGCGGGUCGCUCCCGUGACAGCCAUGCGGACGAGGAAUCCUUUUCAAGGGAUGUGCUGCGAGUGAAGAAACGGCAUCAAGGAGUGCAGCGAGCGCAGACUGCCUUCUCUCCAGAUGAUUUCGUAGUAGAUGACUUGGAGGAACAUGUAUUGGGGACUGGCAUGCUCACCCUCCCAGACACUGGGAUGUCUAGCAUAACGCCACUUGCAAUUCCCGAAUGGACUCUGAACUACUCUCAGGCAUAUGCAGUUGCUACUGGGAGGUUAACGUUGCUGCCAAGAGAAGAAGACCACCGCAGACCAACUCCCGAAAGAAGCUUCCAGGAAGCUAUCCAGGAGCUAGAAGCGAUCGUCACUGGUGACACGACGAGUGACCACCAGACAAGUCGUACAGCGCUUGAGGCCCUUGGUAGCAGCCCCUUGCUGGAUGAUAUCGACCAAACCUCGUCAAGCCUCCAGAGCUUUCUUUCCAACGACCAUUCAGUUCUCUUGCUUGAGAAGCAAGUCGGUCGUCAACGAUAUGGCCUUUUCAGCUCACUGUUCUUUCCGUCAACCGACUUUACGGUCAUCUCGCCAUUGAAUCUUUUGGCAAUCUAUGACCAACUCGUCAACGACUGGCUGGCUGGUCUGCCCUACGAUAUUCCCGGACGCACGAGAAUCAUCAAGGAGAAGAUCAUUCGUAGUGUGGCCGUUGAUAUGAUCCUCGCACAGAUACGUCUCAAAGUCCAGCCGGCCUACGCAGUCGAUGAGUUGGACAGCAGUGGACGCAAAAGCCCCGGGGAUGCUUCAUCAUCAUUAAGUUUUUCCGUGGACGACUCCUUCGAUGCAUUGAUCUCUGGAAAUCCGAUGCGCAUGUCUCAGCCAUCGGUCUUGCCUGGCAGCGGUGGCCUAGAUGACCUAGGUAGCAGCGCGAUUCCUGGUAGUACCCUAGUUCGUGGGGAGAUCGAGGUUGAAAGCCUCGAGAACAUACAGUCUCCGUAUACCAGUCUCUCGGCGUUUACGACUUUUAGUCGAGAGCGGGCAAUGCCACGGAAUGUAGCGAGCGUGUUGGGCCAUUGGCAACCCGGGACCGACCCAGCUGGCUAUAAUUGGCAACGAACGGUACAGACACAGGAAAUGGAGGAAUCUCAACCGGCAUCUAAGGCCUCGACUCCGAAACGGCGAACACGCAAGAAGAUGUCUUCAUCGCAAGGGACCAACUUGAACGCCUCUGCACCUCCUAUGUCUUCCGUUCCCUCGGAUGUGCGGGGUUGGGGAAGCCAGCCGGACAAUAGUGAGGCUCCGGUGCUAAGACUACCGAGCAGCCAAGCUGUGGAGGAGGAUGUGCCGAUGACACAGAUCGAGCGAGGUAUAUUUGGUGGUCGAGAGGCUGGGCGAAAGAGUGUCACGAAGGCACGUAAGAAGAAGCGAGCGGCGGGGUUCUAGGACAGUCCAAAGUAUAAGCAAGCACAGCAUCAGAAAUAAUAGAACAAUGACUUCCCGGC